AAGCUGAAGCCAAAGUGGGUGUAGCUAAAGUUGUGUCGUAGCAUUUUGUUGCUAGGCUGCUAGCUAACGUUAGUGAUUUCUCCAAAUAGUCGUUUUACUUCUCGAAAUCCCAAAGCCAUGCAAAUUCCGUAAUACUUUUAGAACAACAAAUGCAUGCAAAUACACAUCAGCACUUUAAAAAAAUCAAACAGUUUUUGGCUUUAUGCUUGGUUAAACAAACAGCGUCGGAGGGCAACUUAAGCGUAUUAAGCGUUUUAGCGUAUCAGGCGCAAAGACGUCGCUUGCUAAUAACUAGCAUUCUCGCUGCCACUUGGUAUGUCAACACUUUGCUGCAGGUAUUUGGCAUUCCGUGAACUUUAACUUUGUCGUUAUAUUUCAAUGUAACGUUAGCUAAUGUAACAUUGCUUCAUAAACGUGAGGAUCCAGUAACAUGUCGAACAAGCUGUCAAAAUGGAACUGCAGAGAUCAACGACACACUUUUGUCCUUUUUCUGUAAAGACACCCCAUUUACCUAGUCGAGGAGACCUUCAAAAACCCUUAAAAAAGGAAAAUGUUGGCAACUUACCAAAGAUAAUAAUGAACCAGAGGGACACAAAACUGAAUGUAUUCCCUUGUGCGCCCCCAUUCUCGUGACCCCAAGAGGGAGAUAUGGGUAUCCUAAGACUGGUAGCCAGAAUCAUGGGUAGGAUCAGUACUUUUAGGUCCUAUCAGUUUGUGCUUCUCCUGGCUGCUGCACUUGCUGUUGUGGCUUUUUACUACUUUGGCUCAGAAAGGCAGAACUUCUCCAGCACCACUAAGAGGAUCAAGCACACCCAGGCCAGCCACAACGCCAACAGAAACGAUGCUGAUCUAACUGUGGACACCAGGCUCUCACACCCAGUUGGAUCUGAGGAGCAAGGAGAGGAAGAGCGAGAUGAAGGAGGAGAGAGCAAGGGGUUAAUGCCUAGGAAAGGGGACAGUGAUAGCGCUGGUGGCCAACGCUACCACGCACUUAUGAUGUUCACCAAGGUGGACAAAAGCCGGAGCCUACAGGACAAGUUUAGGGUGGCCAUGUUAUCUAUGGUUCAGCACGGACACUUCAUGGAAGGAGAGGUGUUGGUGCUUCAUUUUGUGAGUGACCAGGCCAGCAAAGAACUGGGAGAGAGGAUGCUGCAGGAGUUUCUACUUGAUGCAACGUUUAAGUAUGAGGUGCUGUUCCAUGACGUGGUGGCUCUCACACAGAAGCUGUUCCCUAUUGUGGAGGCCAUGCAGAAGCACUUCAGCGCUGGCUCUGGGGCUUACUACAGCGACGCCAUCUUCUUCCUCUCUGUUGCCAUGCAUCACAUCAUGCCUGAAAGUCUGACGCGCAUAGUGCAGCUUGACCUGGACCUGAAAUACAAGACCAACAUCAGGGACCUUUUCAAAGAAUUUGACCAGUUUCCUCCAGAAGCGGUAAUAGGCAUUGCAAGAGAGAUGCAGCCAGUCUACAGACACACGUUUUGGCAAUAUCGUAAGGAGAACCCUCAGACCAAAGUAGGUGAUCCUCCUCCUGACGGCCGCCCAGGUUUCAACAGCGGUGUGAUGUUAUUGGACCUUGGUGCUAUGAGGGACUCAGCUCUCUACAACAAACUGUUGGAGCCUAGCAAUGUGGCCAAACUAGCAGACCAUUAUCGCUUCAGGGGCCACCUAGGGGACCAGGACUUCUUCACCAUGAUUGGCAUGGAGCAUCCUGAACUGUUUUAUUCGCUGGCCUGUGGGUGGAACCGUCAGCUGUGCACCUGGUGGAGGGACCACGGAUACGGAGACGUGUUUCAAAUGUAUUAUCGCUGUGUUGGACAUGUCUAUAUUUACCAUGGGAACUGUAACUCCCCUAUACCAGAUGACUGAUUUAAGCACUGGACUGAUGGUGGAACUGAAAAGGAGUCUAUGACAUCUACAACAUCUGACAUCUUUAGUUCAAGAGAAAUAUUUGUCCUACUUUAUGGAAGGGAGGAUUGUGGCUAUUAUAUAACUUGCCGUUGUUGACCAGUGUACUGCCGGUAUAGUCACAUACUUUGCCCCCUGCUGGUCAAGGGGCUACUGAAGGACCUGCCCUGCUACAAAUAUGGCAUUUAUCUGUCAUUUUGGUGUGUUGAAAACAGAUCUGUGUUACAGCAAUGCAAGGAGCUGCAAUAGUUGGGCCAUUAUUUUUCAGGUACAAAGAUAGCAUUAUUAAAUAUGAUCUAAGAAACCUCAGCUUACUAACAGACAUGUUGAUUUGAAGGCUUAAGAGUAGAAAUAUGCAGUUCAUGUUAAAAGUUCAUCUACCUGGAAUGUAUUCUUGUCUAUAUUUCAUUGGCAAAUGCAGCCUCUUGCUGAAUGAUGUUGCAUUGUGGUGUGGAGAAAGGUUUCGCAUGGGCCCUCUGCAUGGCACCCUGCUGCAUCAAUGCUGGAAUCAUUCAAAUGAAAUAAGGGCUAAUGUCAGUAUGAAUGAGGUGUAAUAUAUUAUGCAUUGUCAAUGUCAAGUAAUUCUCUUUUUAUUUGCUCAUACAUUAAUUGAUUUCAAUAAAUGUUGGUACUUGAGGAGAAUCUAAAAAAACACUAUCCAUUACACAUUGGGGUAAUGUGAUAAUUUAAAAGGAAUUCAUAUUGCUAACAAAUGGUUAAAUAUUAUCUGCAAUGAAUACAGGGUCAGCAAAUGUGUAGUUUUUGAUAGCCAGACCUUUGACUACAGUGCUGUGUUAGUGCUGGAGAAUGGACUGGCUACAUCGCUUAUUAUUCUGGGACAGGGGAAUUUUUUAAAAUGUCUUUAAUAAAUCACAACCGUCUUGGGUGGCGCUAAGCUCCUGAUGACUGUGCACCUGCAAAACAGAUAGUGGAAGGGGAAAUGAAUACCUGACAUUCAGCACACCAAGCUUAAUCCCAGCACUGUCCAUCUGGUAAACCAGACUAGCAUGUGUGUUUAUUGGCUAUA